AUUCCAGACAAUUCAAUAUUCAUGGAUUUGUGAUUAAGAAAUUAUUGUCUAGGUUGGUUAAAUAUAGAAAACGAUAAUGACUACGAAGAUAUAUACGUUGGCUUGUCGUAUCUGCACCCAAGCAGAUACGGACGAUAUGGACUCCCUGUACGAUGUAACAACAGAAGGAUGGACGCCUGCCCAAUUAAUUGAGGAUUGUUUUGGUAUCACGAUGAAUUCGGAAGAUGGACUACCAACAAAGUAUUGUCAAAAUUGCAAGGAAGAUUUAAUAGGUGCUAUUCGUUUUCACACCCGGUUACAGGAGUCCGAAGCCAAGUUCAUAGAUCUGAUCGCUAUGCCGAAGAUUGAAAUAAAUGAACCAAUUGAUGGCACCAUUUCAUCAGUAUUUAUUUCGGAAAUGUUUAUCAAAACCGAGGAUGACGACCAAUCGGAUUGUGAAGAAAUGCCAUUAAAUGACGAGUCCUCAUUGGAAGAAAUUGAAACAAAUGAACCACAAAAGUAUAAGACGCAGAACAAACGCAGGAAGAAAAAAUGGUUAUCAAAUGAAGAUGUCUCUAAAUCAGACAUUGAAUUGGCAGUAGACGCUUCUGUUGAUCAGAAACCUACUGUUGAAGAAGUAGAACCAGAUACUUCGAAACCGGCUAAAAAGCGAUGGACGGAAUUUAAAUUCUCAGACAGUUUAUCUAGUGAUGAUAAUUUCUCUGAUUAUGAUAGUGCACAAAGUUCCGACAGCGACGCAGAAGAGAAACCUAAGAAAAAGCGACUGUAUUACGGAGUGAAAGCUGAUUCACUACCGAAACGGUGUUGUGGUUGUAAGGAUAUGCCUUUGGACAGUCACGAAAAAGUGCAAGAGCAUUCCGAUAAAUAUCACUAUAGAUAUCGAAUAACUAACACGAGAGAAAUUGAAGAAAAUCCGUUUGAAUGUCCAAACUGCUAUAAACGGUUCGAUUCAAAAAAAGAAUUUCUACGUCAUCAACGUAAAAUGUAUGUUGAAAGAUUGCAUCCGUGCCCUAAGUGCGACGAAGAGUUUGCAAAUCAUUAUGUACUGCAAAGACAUCUCAAACUGUAUCAUAAGAAGAAGAUGAUAAUUGAAAGAAUGGAAGAGUUGCGCCAGGAAUCACAUAUCUGCUGUGCUUGUAAGAAAAAGUUUGAUUCUAAUGAACUUCUGAAGGCACACGCGGAUGAAGUGCAUGUGAAAGAACGCAACACGUAUGAAGGGGAUUUCGAGUUCGAAUGCGAAGUUUGUUACCGGCGCUUCAAAACUCGACAGUCUAUGAAAGUUCAUCAAUAUAGAAUGUUCAAAGGAAAGAAGUUUAUUUGUGCCCUUUGUGGAAAAGCCUUUAAAGAAAAGGCUUUUCUUCGAGACCACGAAAAUUCUCAUCGACGAGAAAAACCAUACGAAUGUCCUAAAUGCGAUGCACGUUUUUCUAUCAAAGGAUCUUAUGAUGCACACGUGAGAUUGCACGAUGCAAAGGACGAAUUCAAAUGUGAAUACUGUGGUCGUGGAUUUCGGACAAAAAGUCUACUAAAAGGACAUCUGACUGUUCAUUCCGAGGAUCGUCCGUUUAAAUGCCAUCUGUGUCCAAUCACUUUUACACAACAACGACUGUUGGAUUCUCAUAUUGAAUUUCAUCUAGGCAAUAAACCGUUCAAGUGCCAGCAAUGUCCGGCGUCGUAUCGAUACCAACGAGACUUGAGAGGCCAUAUUCGUGAGAAGCACGAGGGCAUACUAAGUUUCCAGUGCACGUAUUGCCCUAAAGCAUUUAAUCGAAAGAAGCCAUUGCUAGUGCAUCUUAAAACGCAUGAAGCUAUCUAAAAAAUCAGUUUGAUAUUUCAAUAAACGUAGAAUGCUUAAAA